AUGGAGCUCAACGCCUCCGGUGGGGGCGACUCAGACAGCAUGCAGGGGCAGCUCAUCUACUCCAUCACCAUGCCUCUAUCCAGCACCAUCAUCCUGGCCAACCUGCUCAUCAUCCUGGCCAUCGGCUGCAACCGGCAGCUGCACACCACGCCCAACUACUUCUUCCUGAGCCUGCUGGUGGCAGACCUGGGCACCGGCGUGGCACUGCCCUUCAUCCCCUGGAUGGGCCUGAACCGCCCGCUCAGCUUCGGCUCGUGCCUGCUGGUGCACGUCCUCCCCAACUUCCUGUUCCUGGCGUUCCUGUUCAACCUGGUGAUGGUGCACUAUGAGCGGUACCUGAGCAUCGUGAGCCCGCUGCGGCACCGCUCGCUCUGGGUGCACCGGCACUUCCCACUGGCCCUGCUGGCGCUCUGGCUGCCACCGCUGCUCUUUGCCCUGCUGCCAGCGUUCGGUUGGAACAACCGGCACGCCAGUGCCGCUGGUGGUUCGGGCGAGCGCUGUUGCACGUACAGGCAUAUCUUCCCCAACGCCUUCAUCUACCUGGAGGUGUACGGCAUCCUGGCACCCGCCAUCCUGUCCAUCGCGCUGAUGACGGGACGGGUGCUGUGGAUCACACGCGGCCAGCUGAAGGACAUCCGCCGGCUGCAGCGCUCUGUGGCGGGGCGAGGUAGGAGGCAGCUGGGCUUGGACCUGCGCUACGCGCGCUGCGUGGCGGCCGUCUCGCUCACCUUCCUGGCCUGCUGGGUGCCUUACAUCAUAUACACCCAUGUGGGCGUGGCCUUCCUCAUGCGACCCGGCGCCCGGGGCAACCACACUGCCCACAUCGUGCUUUCGUGCGCGGGCGUCGGGGGCAUGGCCGUGGUGCCGCUCGUGCUGGGCCUCGCCAACCGAGAGUACACCGACCCAAUACGGAAGUUUUUACGCAAACUCCACAACCGCUGGCGGCGGAGGAGGUGGGAUGGUGAGAGCAUUGCCCUGUGA